GCCGCACAGUUGGUGAGUGGAGGAGUGCGCUGAGCCGGGACCUCAACGGCCCCGCGUCGGGCUGGAGAACGCUGUGCCAUCCACCGGGAAAAGGAGCGCAGCCCCGGCCGGGCGCGCAGGGAGGACUGCGCACCGCGGCUGCAGUGCGUGCGGGAGCCCCACCUCCCAGCGCAGCGCGCGGCUGCGAGGACCGCCCGGGGCCCCACCCCGGCACCUGCGGCGGGGGCGGCGCGUCCCUCUCGGGGUCCCCGGGGCCCCGCGCGCUCCUCAAGAUGUCGCGGCGCCGCGGCCGGCGGCCCGGGCCCCGCCUGUCCUGGCUGCUGUGGUGUGGCGCCCUGCUGUCUCCGGCCGCGGGCUACGUGAUCGUGAGCUCCGUGUCCUGGGCCGUCACCAACGAGGUGGACGAGGAGCUGGACGGAGCCUCCACGGAGGAGACGCUGCCCGCGCUGCUGGGGGACUCGGGCAGCCUCUGGCAGCGGAGCUUCCCGGCCUCGGCGCACAAGGAGGACGCACACCUGCCUCCCCCGGAGGGCGCCGCCCGCACCAGGCCGCCCCCCGCGCCGCCCGGGAUGUUCUCCUACCCGCGCGAGGGCGGCGCGAGGCUGCGCCCGGGCAUCGCCCGCUUCCUGGCCCACGCCAGCGCCUGGGGCUGUCUGGCCACCGUGUCCGCCCAUGAGAAGAUCCCAGGCCUGCCAUUUGGGACCUGCCUGCCCAUCAGCGAUGGCCCCUUCGACAACAGUACUGGGAUUCCUUUCUUCUAUGUGACACCCAAGGACCUCCUGGUGGCCGAUCUGAUGAAGAACCCCAUGGCCUCGCUCCUGCUGCCGGAAUCUGAAGGAGAGUUCUGCAGAAAAAACAUCGUGGACCCAGAAGAUCCUCGCUGUGCCCGGUUAACACUCACUGGUCGGAUGGUCGCAGUGUCUCCAGAAGAAGUCGAAUUUGCCAAGCAAGCCAUGUUUUCAAGACACCCAGUGAUGAGAAAGUGGCCUCGGCCAUAUGAAUGGUUCUUCAUGAAGAUGAAGGUAGAACACAUCUGGCUUCAGAAAUGGUAUGGAGGAGUAGCCGACAUCUCCAGGGAGGAGUACUUCAGAGCCGUUCCAAGAAAGGCCUGAUGGAGGGAGAAGAAAGUCCGUGAUGCUUGCGUGAAAUGGAAACCUUUUAUACAGCGCUGCCAGACAGUGGUUGACUGCUGUCUCUUUUUGGAAGGGUUCACAGCAGGCCUGUCUCCCUGACAGCAAGCAGGACGAGAACAGGCCACCAGGGACCCCUGUGCUGGCAGGAGAGUGAAGUGGCUAUUUGCAAAUACCCAGAUCACACAGGGACUCCACCUAGAGAGUCUGUUCACAUGCUUUCAAACCAGACUCACCUGUGUGGGAGCAUUGUUGUUGCCAUAGUGACAUGUUGAGACAGCUGCUGUUCCAUUCAAACAAAAAGUAUGCCUGUAUGUACAACGUGAUUGUUUUGUAUUAUAAGAAUAUGUUUGUUGCUUGUUGUGCCCAAAGCCGUGUCUUGGUUCUGAGCUCAUUGCAACCACAGAAGAACUAAAUACGCAUCAUAUAGCUGUCAUCUUGUGUUCAGGCUGAGGGUGCAGGAAUCUUUGUCUAUGGGUUACUAUCCUGCUGGGCUUCCCUGGUGGCUCAGUGGUACAGAAUCCCACCUGCAGGAGACCCAGGUUCAAUCCCUGGGUCGAAAAGAUCCCCUGGAGAAAGAAAUGGCAACCCACUCCAGUAUUGUUGCCUGGAAAAUUCCAUGGACAGAGGAGCCUGGCGGGCUACAGUCCAUGGGAGAAUAAAGACCUGGACAUGACUGAGCAACUAACACUUUCACUUUUUCCCUACCAUCCCUCUACUGAAUGGUGGAUGCAUUCUUGAAUCUCAUUUGCUAAAAUGUACUGGUCACUCAUGAAGCUUUUUUCCCCACUGUAACGUGACAAACCACGUGAGAACCCCUGAGUUUGAUGCGCAGCCCUGUUCUAGGUCAUGAUAGUGCAUUAGUGGAGGGGCAGCUCCACCAUCAGGCUCCCCAGACCCCCUCUCCUGGUGCUGUGACAAAGUGUCCCCUUCUCUUAGACACAGGGAGUGGUACUCAGUCUGUGGUGUAGAGAGAAGAGGAGAGAGGGAGAGGCUGGAAAGGAAGAAGAGGCCACAUAUAGGAAAAGGGAGGAAGGAAGUCAGUAGCUGAAGGCAUGCUUCCUGCCCAUCCGUGGGCCAGGCCCUCGACAGGAUCCUCUCACUGGAGUCUGAAAACCAAGGAGAUGCAUCAUCGUUGCCACUUUCAGGCAAGAACACUGAAGCUCAGAGCGCUGAGGUCAGCAUCCCAGGGUCUGACUCCAGCACGUGCUACAUACAGUGGACAAACGGGCACCCAGACGGCCUCCGUCUCCCAGCAUGCACUGCACACCAUGGACAGAGUGGUGCCCAGACAACUUCCAGUUCUGAGAACAAGACAAAGAGUUACUAAAAUACACAGGUAGUCACUGAAUCAGCAAAAUCAGUAAACCGAUGACUAACCUGCCUGUGGAUGAUCAGCUACCAUUUUCUACGAAAAAAAGAAAAGUCUCUGAAAUUUGAUUCUUACUUUAGAUUUUAAAUUUUCUACAAAUUAUACACAGGAGCACCCACAUCAUACCUUUGUAUACACCUAAGGCCUUCAAGGACCUAUGAGUACACAUUGGAGACCGCUUAUAUUUGAAAUUUAUAAGGCAUCUAGCAAGACCCGGUUUUCUGCCUUUUUAUGACUCUAAACCCUCUUUGGUGGCUUAGGUAGGUUGUAUAAACAUUAAAAACACAGCCUGCAAAAUAUAGGAAGUAUUCACUUAAUAAAUAAUAGUGUUAUUAAUUGUUACAUUUUUGUUUAAAAAAUUAAGACAUAAAGAGAGUUUGAGUUGUCAAAAUAUUUUUAAGUGCCUAUUCAUAAAAGCAUAGUCAAAUGCACAGAAUUCUUUAUCAAAAGUCAAGUCACAAAAGCAUUCUUUAACAAUAGCAAUGUCUAAUAUAGAAGAAUAAAGUAAAUUUGAGGGUAAAAAUAGAGCUACCAUAUGACCCAGCAAUCCCACUGCUGGGCAAGAGGAGAGGAAAAAACAUAAUUCAAAAAGACACACACACCCUGACGUUCAUAGCAGCACUGUUUACAGUAGUCAGGACACGGAAGCAGCCUAAAUGUCCAUCAACAGAGAAAUGGAUAAAGAAGGUGUGGUACAUAUAUACAACAGAGUAUUAAUCAGCCAUAAAAAUAAACAAAACUGUGCAAUUUGACUAGAGACUUAUACGGAAUGCAGUAAGUCAGAGAAAAACAAAUAACGUACAAUGCACUUAUAUGUGGAAUCUAGAAAAAAAUGAUACAGAUGAACUUAUUUGCAGGGCAGAAAUAGAGAUAUAGAGAACGGAUGUAUAGAUACUGGGAGGGGAUGGAAUGAACGGGGAGAUUGGGAUUGACAUAUAUGCAUUACUAUGUAUAAAAUAGAUGACCAAUGAGGACCUACUGUGUAGCACAAGGAACUCUACUCAAUGCUCUGUAGUGACCUGAUUGGGAAAGAAACCCAAAGAAGAGGGAAUACAUGUAAACGUAUAACUGAUUCACUUUGCUGCACAGCAGAAAAUAAUACAACAUUGUAAAGCAACUAUACUUCAAUAAAAAUCCAUUUAAAAAAUAGAUCAUAACCCUAAACAUGAAAUAUAAAGCCAUAAAACUUUUUUUAAAAGAUAGAAAAUCUAUGAGACCCAGGGCUGAACUAAGCUAAGCCUUCUUAGACUUGACACCAAAGGCCUAAAGUCCAUAAAAGGGAAGUUUGAUAAAUUGGACUUCAUCAAAAUUUUAAACUUUCAUUCUACGAAAGAUCAUCAUGUUAAGAAAAUGAAAAGAUGGGCUACCUACUGGGAGGAAAAACCUGCCAAUGGCAUAUUCAACAAAAGCCUACCAUCUGGAAUAGAUGGAGAAUGUGUAAAACUCAACAGUUUUUUAAAAAUCCAAUUAGACGAUGGAGAACAUGAACACACUUCCUCUGACGAUAAUAUGGCAGAUGAGCACAUGAAAAGAUAUUCAACAUCAUCAGUCAUUAGGGAAUUGCAAAUUAAAAUGCCAAUGAAUACCAUGGGGCACCUACCAAAAUGGCUAAAUUAUAGUGACAACAUCAAAUGUUAGCAAAGAUGCAGAGCAAUGGGAUCAGUCUAUAGCUGGUGGGAAAAUCAAACAGAACUGCCACUCUGGAGAACCAACUCACAGUUUUUUACAAAGCUAAACAAGUGACUGUCAUACCACUCAGCAAUUGCACUCCUGGGCAUUUAACCCAGAGAGGUGCAAACUUAUGUUCACACAGAAACUUGUACAUGAAUGUUCAAAGCAUUUUUAUUCAUAAUAUUCCAAAUCUGUAAACAACCCGAUGUCCUCUAACGGUUGAUUGGUGAAACAAGUUGUGAUACAGGCAAGCCGUGGAAUACUAUGCAGCAAUAAAAAAUAAUUUCCGAUACAAGCAACCACUUGGAUGAGUCUUCAGAGAAUUAUGCUGAGUGAAAAAGCCCAUCCCCAAAGGUUACAUACCAUGUAGCUCCAUUUAUAGAACAUUUUGAAAUGUAAACUUCUAGAAACGGAGAGUAGAUCAGGGUUACCAGGGAGGAGGGUGGAGAAGGAGAGAGGUGAGUGUGACCAUAAAGGGGGUACUUGCUGUGAUGGAAAUAUUCUCUAGCUUGUUUGUAUCAAUGUCAAAAUCCUGGCUGUGAAACUAUAUCAUUUUGCAAGACUGGGGGCAAAAGAGAUAAAAGGCACACAGAGUCUCCCUAUUCAAUCUUUCAACUCCCUUGAAUCUACAAUUAUCGGCAAUUCUUCAGAAUCUACGAUUCUCUCAGAGUAAAAAGUUUAACAAACAAAAUUUAAGGCUUAGCUUAAAUAAGACAUUUAUGUCCUCUUAAUGGUUUCUAAUCAAGUUAAGGACUGAUCUUGUGCCAAAGCCUAGCAAAACAGACGACAGUUUGUUUUCUUUAGCCAUUAAUAUAUGCACUUUUUGGAAGAGGGAGAAUGUUUCUUUCAAAGUUUUCGAGAGGCAUUCAACUUAAUACUGAAUACAACUUAAUAAGAAUUCAACAAAUCUGCUGUAUGGAUUUUAUGUGGGCCACUUAGAAGAGGAGGAAAUCUUCCAGUUUCUGGCAGAAACACAUUAAGGUAUAGGCGUAUAUGGGCCUCCAAGUCUGGGCACAGUGACUCUCCACUGAUGCUCAUAGCAAAGAGCUGUAUUUACACAUAUCUUCCACUAAAAAUUCUUUUUGUUUCUAUGAAUAAGCUAUAUCCUGCCCCACACGUUUUUAUUUUCCAUGAUUGUACAAUCUAUGAUGUUGAUGUAGACAGUGUAAUUCUGAUGUGACUUGUUUCAAUACGCCUUUUAUAUGUCAACAUAUACAUAUAUAUGUAUAUGUAUACAUAUACAUACAUGACAUUUACAGUCUUGUAUAUGUCAACUCAUUCUAAGAGAGUUGUCUGGGGUUGAAAUGUAUUUCUACAAUUUUUCCAGAAAGUCUGUAUUUCAUUUUUAAUAAUUUAACCAUCAAAUACUGUUCUGAAAAUAAAACUUCUCUAGAAUAAUUUCUUGAUGCUUGAUUGCUUAUACCAAGUCAAUUGCUAAAAAAAAAUUUGAAUUAUAAUGAAGCUAUGGUUUGCGCUAUGUAAUGCAUGUGGAGUGUAAAAUAUAUUUUUGCAACUGGAUAUGUCUAUCUAAUUAAACACUAUUUCAUUCUGGAUAUGAUUUCCAUGCUCAAUUAAAUAAAUGUAUAAUAUUUCUA